ACAGGUUGAGAAAAUGGUGUUCGUAGUUUUCUUCUAAGGGGAGCAGGCGAGAACAAAGAUUUUGAAAAUUUGUGAGGCAUUUGGAGCAAAUUGCUAUCCUGUUCCUGAAGACAUUUCUAAACAGAGGCAAAUUACUAGAGAAGUCUUGUCACGUCUAUCUGAAUUCAAAGCUACUUUGGAUGCCGGGAGUCGGCACCGCAAUAAAGCUCUGACUUCUAUUGGAUUCCAUCUAGCAAAAUGGAUAUAUAUGGUAAGAAGGGAGAAAGCAGUUUAUGAUAUUUUGGAUAUGCUGAAUUUUGAUGUUACAAAAAAAUGCCUUGUUGGAGAGGGUUGGUGUCCUAUAUUUGCAAAAGCUCAGAUUCAUGAAGUACUCCAACGUGCAACAUUUGAUAGCAAUUCUCAAGUUGGGAUAAUUUUUCAUGUCAUGGAUGCCGUGGAUUCACCUCCUACAUAUUUCAGAACAAACCACUUCACAAAUGCAUUUCAGGAGAUUGUUGAUGCAUAUGGUGUUGCGAGAUAUGAAGAGGCAAAUCCUGCAGUUUACACAGUUAUUACAUUUCCAUUUCUUUUUGCUGUGAUGUUUGGAGAUUGGGGUCAUGGAAUAUGCUUGUUGCUGGGAGCUUUGGUCCUUAUAGCUCGGGAAAGUAGGCUUAGUACUCAGAAACUUGGGAGCUUUAUGGAGAUGCUAUUUGGGGGUCGCUACGUUCUUCUUUUGAUUGAUGCACACACGGUUGGUUUAGUUAAAUAUCGAGAUCCAUACCCAUUUGGUGUUGAUCCUAGCUGGUGUGGCAGUCGCUCGGAGUUGCCUUUUCUAAAUUCUCUUAAGAUGAAAAUGUCAAUUUUACUGGGUGUGGCUCAGAUGAACCUAGGAAUCAUAUUAAGUUAUUUCAAUGCACACUUUUUUGGAAGCUCUCUGGAUAUUUGGUAUCAAUUUGUGCCACAGAUGAUCUUCCUUAACUGCCUUUUUGGAUAUCUUUCUCUUCUCAUCAUUAUCAAGUGGUGCACUGGUUUUCAGGCAGACCUUUAUCAUGUAAUGAUUUACAUGUUUUUGAGUCCAACCGAUGAUCUUGGUGAUAAUCAGUUAUUCUGGGGUCAGAGACCACUUCAGAUCCUAUUAUUGCUUCUGGCUAUAGUUGCAGUUCCCUGGAUGCUUCUUCCUAAACCUUUCAUUUUAAAGAAGUUUCACUCUGAGAGAUUUCAAGGUCGCACCUAUAGGAUGCUUGGUGCCUCGGAGAUGGAUAUUGAUGUGGAACCUGAUUCUGCAAGACAACAUCAUGAAGAAUUUAAUUUUAGUGAGGUUUUUGUGCAUCAAAUGAUACACUCCAUAGAGUUUGUUUUAGGAGCAGUCUCAAACACAGCAUCCUACCUUCGUCUUUGGGCUUUAAGCUUGGCACACUCUGAACUAUCAACUGUCUUCUAUGAGAAAGUCCUACUACUUGCUUGGGGGUAUGAUAACAUUGUCAUUGGGUUACUGGGUCUAGCAGUUUUUGCCUUUGCAACUGCUUUUAUAUUACUCAUGAUGGAGACCCUCAGCGCUUUCCUCCAUGCCUUACGUCUUCAUUGGGUGGAAUUUCAAAAUUAAUAUAAUAUUUAUCUAAUUGGUAUUUUAAAUAUACAAAUUAAAAAUAUAAUAAAUAUAAUUUUUUAUA